CGAUGUUCUGUGCAUUCCAUUUGACACUUUUUUGAGAAAAUUACUUUUACUUUUGCUAAUUAACUAAAAUCCCGUUUCUUGUCGAGACAGGCAACGGAAACCUUGAACUUUAACACCUGUUUCAUUAAGCGGAGAUAUGAUAAGCUACUUACUGAACAAUGUGAUAGGUGUUUUCAGAUCGAGAGUGGCAGCAGACAUGGCAUCGCCGAAAGCCGCAGAAGUAAAAGACCUUAUUGGAAGUGAUAAGGUGGUCAUUUUUUCAAAGACUUAUUGCCCCUAUUGCAAACUGGCUAAAGAGGUGUUUGACAAGCUAAAAGAGAAGUACACUACCAUUGAGUUGGAUGAACGCGAUGACGGUGAUGAAAUUCAGAGCAUUUUAGGAGAGAUCACAGGAGCCAGGACAGUUCCAAGGGUAUUUGUAAAAGGCAAUUGCUUAGGAGGAGGAUCGGAUGUCAAAGCGCUUUAUGAAAAAGGGGAACUGCAAAAAGUAGUGGCUUAAGUUAUUUUACUGUAUCCACAAUUUUAAACCUAAUGCAAUUGUAAAGAUAAGCUCAAGAUGAUUCCCAAAUAAAGUAUCCAUUUGAAAUCGCA